AUGUCUGUCCCGAAGCCCAGCUCACUAAAUGACCAACCACAUCUUGUCUCACUUGUCCUGCAAUCCAAGAAAGCACUUCAACAUGGCGAACAAGUCUGUUCGAGAGCACAUGGUCGCUACAACUCGUCCGCGCAACAGGCCAUCGACGUACUUGCCUUGGACGCCAAAGUACGGUGGAUUAGUGAUGCUAUUCUGGAGCAGUUAAAGUUAGCAGCAGGUGUUGCCAAGUGCAUUGAAGAGAAGCGAGGCAGUCUGGCUAGACGAGUUCAGGAAUGGGACACUACACGAACCAAGUCCACCGACGCACUUGAAUCUAUCCUCGAAUCGCUGGGGCGUCAAGUGGUUCCCCCCGACUUCCAUGAAACUUCCGCAGGGUCAUCUCUCUUUGGAAGCCAGCAUUCGGACUCUGAAUCUGACGACGAGACAGCCCUUGUUCAACCACAAAGCCCGCCACGUGCAGUGACCCAGAAAUCUGUAAACGGUUCCAACGCAAGCGGAUUGUCCCUUUCACCCGUGUCACCUUCUGCUACUAUUCGGAGACAUGGCUCUAUCCGACGCGUGAGGGAAUCAGAGAAAGGGAAGAGAAAGAGUAAGACGGAUGCAGAAGAGUUGAAGAGACAGGCCAAGGCGGAUAGGUCCAAGUGGAAGACACUCCGGGAUUUCGUGGACGACCGCGCUAUCGAGGAGAUUUUAGAAACCAUCGAGAAUGACAGGAAUAGGCUAGAGGAUACUCUCAACCAAACCGAUGAUUAUGCUUCGUCCCUCAAACGCACAGUAGACUCGCUGCAGGAAUCGCUUCCAUUGCCUCCAGAGGUGCCGAUACUCGCAAAGAUGCAGGAGACAUUGACGGCACAAGAUACCAUCGUGACUUCCAUGGCUGAGAAGCUCGAGAGCUUGGCUGUUCAUUACGACCAGAUGGCCGGUGCGCUCAAGGAUAGCGAGGCUGGGGAGGUGUUUGGGGACGAGGACCUUCAAAUUAUGAACAGGGAUACCGAGGAACUACCCGUGAUAAUGGCCGAGCUGGAUGAAAGUGACAAGCAGAUUGGAGAAGCAUACGAAACACUAACUGCAUCCCGCAAGUCUCUUCAACAAGACCUCGAACAUUUGUCACGCGUUCUCAACGACCUCGAUGAACUGGGCGAUAUUAUGGCGGAGAUGUUACUGAAUCAAGACGCCGUCGAGGUGGAAUGUGAUGAAUCCCUAGCAUCCCUGAACAUCCACCUCGAAACCUUGGACCAUCUGCACCAGCGUUACGUUCUCUACCAAACAGCCUUCAACAAACUCCUCCUCGAAAUUGCCCGUCGGCGGCAUUACAAGACAUCUGUGGAACAAUUCGUCCAGUCCAUGCAGGACCAACUCAACUCUAUGGUAGAAGAGGAGAACGAAGUGCGCAAGCACUUCAAUGCGGAAUAUGGUGCGCAUCUCCCCGAGGACAUUUGUCUGUGCAUUGGGAAUGAACCCACGCGUUGGGAUGUUCUUCCGGGGCCGGGGGAACUGCCUGAGAUCCUUCCCGUGAUCGACCUCGACCUCCUUACCCAGGCACAGGAACGUCUUGAACCACCUCCCUCAAUCCCUGUUGGUCCAGAGAGCCUUUAG